AUGGCCGACGUCAAGCGCCCCGGCAUCACGCUGUACACCGAUGGGACACCUAACGGGUUCAAGAUAUCGAUUGCGCUCGAGGAACUCGGACUGCCCUACAAGGUCGAGCACGUUAAUAUCUCGACAAACCGGCAAAAGGAGCCAUGGUUUCUGGAGAUCAACCCGAAUGGCCGCAUUCCCGCCAUCACCGACACAUUUGCCGACGGGAAGAAGAUCCGGCUGUUUGAGUCCGGCAGCAUCCUACAGUACCUGGUCGAGCAGUACGACUCCGAGCACAAGAUCAGCUACCCGGCCGGCUCGCGCGAGCAUUACGAGACCAACAACUGGCUGUUCUUCCAGAAUGCCGGGCUAGGCCCGAUGCAGGGUCAGGCGCACCAUUUUGUGCGGUACGCCCCCGAGAAGAUUGAAUAUGCCAUCAACCGCUACGUCAACGAGACCAGAAGGUUGUACGGCGUGUUGGACAAGCAUCUCCAAACCUCACAGUCGGGAUACCUCGUGGGCGACCACAUCUCGAUAGCCGACAUUACGACGAUCGGAUGGGUCAUCUACGCUGGAUGGGCAAACGUCGACAUUGCCGAGUUCCCGGCCCUGAAGCAAUGGGAGGAGAUGAUGUAUGCGAGGCCAGGUGUCAAGCAAGGCUGUGAUGUGCCCAAGCCUCUCAAGAUCAAGGCGUUGUUGAAUGACAAGGAUCUGAUGGAGCGGAAGGCCCAAGAGGGUAGAAAAUGGAUUGUGCAGGGCAUGGAAGAAGACAAGAAGAAGUAG